CAAUCUUCAAAGCCUUUAAGCACGCUGCUAUACACAAUGUGAUCACAACUUCCAACAACUUCGCCCUGGAGGCCAUCGCCUCUCCGCCUCAAGAAGGCUAGGUGUGUUAUGGCCGCAUCCAAGGAUCUUAUACAAGCUCAUCUCCCAACCAAAUAAGUAACUUACAUCUAACUCACAUAACAAGAAGGGAUCAUGGACAUUUUAUCAAGUCUUUCAGGCUCCCUUGCAUCAACCGUAUGAUGGCUUUUGUCGAGCUAAUCAGAAGCACGCUUCAUUUUUGUAAUAGCCGUCAGUCUCCUCAUCCGUUUUGCAUUGGUGGCUUAGUUCCUUCACAGCAUUCGGAUUGUUGCCAUUCUCUACAACGUUCACUCCACCCUCAAUUACUUUAUGUCCCAACAAUAGGGGUAACUAUAACCUUUACACAUCACUAAUAAUGCCUAGUUAAGGAUUCUUUUACUUCGCAUAUCAAACAUUAGCUUCUAUUGCAUCUUCUUUUGCCACUAUACGCAACCUCGGCUUCACCAUGAUUAGCGACGAGCUGUUCAGUGUGGGGCAUGCGGCCAUGGCUGGGCUAAUUGCCUGCGCCAGUACCUUCGUCUAUCUUCUGGUCAAAGGUUAUCAGGCCCGACUUACAUUCUACCAGCUUCGCCAGAAAGGAAUGCCGAUGCCGCCAUGGAACUCCAUCCUAGGACAUCUCCUCGCUGUCCCGCCAGUUAUGAAAACACUUCCAGAAGACACACAGCAGCCUGAUGCUUUUGAGGCUCUAUGUCGUGCAACUGAGAAAAAAGAUGCCGAUUCUAUCAUCUACCUAGACAUGUGGCCGUUUGCUGACCCUAUGAUGGUGAUCUGCUCUCCUGUACUUGCUAUUCAAGCUUGCCAGGAAUACGACUUACCUAAGCCUCACAUUCUACAUGCCUUUUUCAAUCCGUUAGCUGGUGGCGCGAACUUGUUCACUAUGAACGGACCCGAAUGGAAGCGUUCUCGAGCACUUUUCAACUCGGGCUUUAGCGCUAGCUAUAUUUUACAGCAGACGUCUCACGUUGUAGAUGAAGCCGAAAUCUACGUCGAUGUUUUAAGAGAACACGCUCGAAAAGGUAAAAUGUUCUCUUUAGACGACGUGACUUUAUCGUACAUGAUGGACGUCAUUGGCGCCGUAACCCUAGAUUCACGACUCCAUUCUCAACAGCAGUUCAAUCCCCUAGCAUCGGCAUUGCGUCGGCAAAUUCGUUGGCAUGUCCUUGACAACGAGUGGAACCUUCUCAUCAGAUGGAACCCAGUUCGCCCCAUUGUGCAGCGGUACAAUAGCUACCAGAUGAACAACUACAUAGCCCGGGAACUUGACAAGCGCUAUACUGAAUGGACCGAGGAUGAGAAAGCCGCUUCUUCGCGCUCUAUCAUCCAUCUCGUCCUGGCGGGUUACAUGGCCCAGCAAAAGGACAAGCCACGCUCCAAGAAACUUGACCCAACUUUUAGGGACUGGGCCACGGUGCAGAUACGUCUGUUCCUCUUUGCUGGCCACGAUUCUACGUCGUCGACCAUCUGCUAUUGCUUCUACCUCCUGCAAUCUCACCCCGAAGCCAUGACCAAGCUUCGCGCUGAGCACGACGCCGUGUUCGGUACCGACAUUACUGAAACGGCUAACACGAUGCGCGAACAGCCCCAUCUACUCAAUCAGCUUCCCUACACCACGGCAGUCAUCAAAGAAUCUCUACGUCUCUUCCCUCCCGCGUCCGCUAUGCGCGGUGGCCAGCCCAGCGUAUAUCUCCAAGACGACAAGGGCAACAGGUACCCAACCGAAGGGACUAACAUGUGGAUCCUACACUCCGCGGUACAGCGCAACCCGAAAUACUGGCCCUCGGCGAUGGAAUUCAUACCCGAGCGUUGGCUGGUCGAGCCGGGUGACCCACUAUACCCCGUAAAAGGGGGGUGGCGACCCUUCGAGCACGGACCGCGAAACUGCCUAGGCCAGACCUUGGCUAUGCUCGAUAUCAAAAUCACGCUGGCGCUUACGGUGCGCGAGUUCGAUAUCAGACACGCCUAUGACGAGUGGGAUCGCUUGCACCCUACGACUAAGGUCAAGAGCGUCAAUGGCGAGCGCGCUUAUCAGACACAAUCUGGGGGCGCACAUCCUGCUGAUGGUUAUCCGUGUCGGGUUAGUUUGAGGGAAAAGGAUACUUGAUUAGUGACUUUGGGUGAAGGGGUGUUGUUUUGCUUAAUAUGGUUGGUACGUUGGAGGCUGUUUUAACUGGGUAGUUGGGGGCUGAUGUACAUCUAAGGUAGGCUCUUGUGAGGGGGCGGAAUAGGGGCCAGACCAGUGCAGAGACGCCCCAUAUUUCCACCUGUUACUGGUAUAACAGCUAUGGAAAUAUCCCUUAUUAUUACUCAAAAACGUGUUUGACUCAAGAUUGAGUAAUUAACAAUGAUUAAUUGCCUUAAGAGUUAUACACCUCUCAUUCUAGUUAAGAUUUUAGUAGAAUUGAAUGAGGUAGAACAGAUGAAAUCCCA